CAAUCUCUCGAGACGGGACCGGCCGGCCCCCUGGCAGUGCACUGCCGCAGCCAUGGCCGCAGCCAUGGCCGCAGCCACCACACUGGCUGCGGGACUGUUGCGAUCUGCUGGUGCAGUACCAACGGCACCAACGCAAUGCAGCGCACGCGUGUGUGUGCCUGUGUCUGUGGAGCAGUACCUGUUCAACGUGUUCGAGGUGAUCGUGUCCACGCUGGAGACCAAGCUACAGCGCAUCGAGAACCUGGACAAGGCGGUGGAGCACCUGAUGCGGCGCGUCGAGGCGCUGGACUCGCGCGUCAACGACAACAUCGACAAGACGGACUCGGUCAUCUCCAAGCUGCGCGCCAUGGACGCGCGCCUGUUCCAGGCCGUGCCGGGCGGGCUGGCCGCGGCCGUGGUGGGCGGCGGUGCGUCCACGCCGGGCGGCGCGGCUGCGGCGGCAGCGGCGGCCGCCGCGGCGGGCGACAUCGACAACAGGCUCGUCUCGCUGGACCAGAAGGUGUCCGACAUCGGCUCCAAGCUGUCCAACCUCAAGAACCAGCUGGACACCAACUUCCUGCCCGCGGACGACAUCAACGCCGAGGCCAGCGAGAAGAAGCCCGUCAGCAUGAACGUGGUGGACAUCGGCAAGGUGCUGAGCGCCGAGGUGACGCGCGAGCUGCAGGCGCUGCGCACCGCCACGGCCAGCGUGGACCGCCUGGACCGCAAGCUCAGCUUCCACAUGAACGUCGUGUCCGAGAGCCUCGGCAAGGUGCUCAACAUGGUGACGGACGUGCACGACGCCGUGGUGGAGCACGUGGAGGCCCCCGCCGUGCCCGCCGGCGUCUCCCCCGUCUACCGGAACCGCACGGCCACCACGACCACCACCACCACCGAGUCGCCCCUGGCCGCCGCCAACGCCGUCAAGCGCAGCAAGCUGGACCGCCUCGUCAAGCAGAUGCACCCCAUCCUCAGCGUGUCCGAGAAGAUGGACGAGGUGUGGGACGUCGUCGUCGGCACCAAGACCUCCGUGGACGACCUGGUGCCCAAGUCGGACGAGCUGCUCACCCAGACGCAACGUCAGGAGCGCGCCAUCAACGACGUGCACGCCGACCUGCGCCAGAAGGCCAACAAGAUCAUCGCCAACCUGGACAUGGUGGAGAAGCGCCUCAAGAAGCAGGAGGACGAGGUGGUGAACCUCGCGCAGCGGCCAGUGGCCGCCGAGCUGCUCCUGGACCCCACCAUCGACCGCCUGGUCGAGUACGACUCCAACAGGUACUCCGUGGUGUCGAGCAGCAGCCAGGUGUCCAACCGAGACGACCUGCAGCCCGAGACGGACCCGCUGCCCGGAGUGCUGCUGCAGUCCAACUCGCCCUCCAACUCCAUCGCGGCCACCACGACGCCCGGGCCCAUCUUCAGCGUGCAGGGCGUGACGGUGACUCCCAGUGCCCCGGUGCCCACCACCACCCUCAGCCCCCAGGCCUCGUCCACGGUCACCUCGACCCCGGGCGGCGCCACCUCCGCCGCCGCGUCCGCCGCGGCCGCCGCCAGGGCCUCCAGGAACAGGGGCGUCAUCUUCCCCUCCGUCAAGAACAAGCCCACCCUCACCAACACGUCCUUCGCCACCGAGUUCUUCAACAUCAAGGACGUCAAGGGCUACUCGUGCGUGGACCUGCUCAACGCCGGCAUGCGCCACUCGGGCGUGUACUACCUGCAGAUCCGCGGCACGACGUACUGGUUCCUCAAGGUGUUCUGCGAGCAGGAGAUCGCCGACGGCGGCUGGACGGUUAUCCAAAGACGCGAUGAUUUCGGCGACCCCCGAGAAAACUUCAACCGAGACUGGGCGGACUACAAGAACGGAUUCGGGGAUCCCGCCAAGGAGUUCUGGUUAGGUAACGAGAACAUCUACAUGCUCACCAACAACGAGGAGUACCAGCUCAGGGUUGAACUGGAAGAUUUCGAAGGCAACAAACGGUAUGCCCAGUACUCUCACUUCAAGAUCUACUCCGAGGCGGAAUACUACAAACUUGAAAUCGACGGAUACGAGGGCAACGCGGGCGAUUCGCUAAACGACCCCUGGUACGGAUCAAACAACAGCCCCUUCUCCACGUACAACAGAGAUAACGACAGAUCGAGCUUGAACUGCGCGUCCAUGCUGAAGGGAGGUUGGUGGUGGAAGUCAUGCGGACGAGGACUUAACGGCCUCUACCUAAACGACCCGCAGGACUUGACUGCUCGACAAGGUAUUGUUUGGUUUAGGUGGAGGGGUUGGGAUUACACGUUGAAGAGAGCCAGCAUGAUGAUCAGACCGAAGGGCCCAGGAACAAGCCCUUAGUAAUGUAAAAAUCUCAUCAACUGCCAUCGAUCAUCCCAUUCAUCAAAGAGAGCACCUACUACACAUGUGUCGGUGAUUUUGACCAUAUUUAUCAUGUCACAAAAUCAAUUCAUUGAAUACGUUCCCCAUUAAAUAUCCCUAAAAUUUAGAAAUAGUAUUAAAUAUUUUGUGUUAAAAUUUAUCCAUUUCGUAGCUGCAUUCAGAUUAAGCAUUGGUGUAAGUUGUGCUCAGAGACAGAUCUUAUCAGUAUUUAAUGCUCAAUAAGAGCCUCAAUUAGCAAUUAAAUCAAUUUUUGGAGUGAAAUUUUUUUAUAUUAAUUAGGUCAUGUGAGUGUAUUUUGGCCAUGUGGUCACUAAAACAGCAAAAGCAUUCUUAAAGAUCAUUGCAGACAGUGAACCAUACUACCUCUGGAUUAUCUAAAUUGUCUGAGCAGGUCUUGUGAGAAACAAUAACUUUGCAAGUGUGAUACAAAGAUAUUGAUGUUUUAGGAGGUGCCAUGUUUCUGAAAAUGAGUACCCAUGUAUCAUAAGCUAAGAGCUUUCCAGUUUUUAUAUCUUGAAACUUACAAAUUUAGGCAGUUCAAUGAACUAACUACUGGAAAUGUGUGUACAUAUAUAUAUUUGUAUAUUUACCAUGAAAUUUUGUCUCUUGUUGCUUGAAAUUAUACUCUCCUUCCUUUAACAACCCGCUUGUCUAAAAUGUCUUAAAGCGUUUUGAAAGCAAAGGAGACAAAAUAUGGUAUUUAAAAUAAAAGAAAUGGCUCUACUGCUGCUUCAUGAAUUGGGGCAAUUUUCACCCUUUCUGAUAUUUCCUUUUUAUCAGCAAGUUCAGAGAGAAUGAAAAUUGAGAGCAAUGCGCCAUGAGCAGAGGGAAGAGUUGUGAUGUUUUGCUGCAUAGAUAAUGUUGCCUGAAAGGGAGAAAGGUAAACAUUGGUCCUAAAAUUGUUUGCCAGCAAUUUCUUAAAACUUUUCAUAAACCAAGGGAAGAAACCAAACCUCUUCCUGACAAAUUAACUGUCACAAUUAAUGUGACUGAGCCACCUCGAGCCACAUUGAAGGUGCAUGAGACUUCUUUUCUCAAAAAUCAUUUCAAGAAAUCAACUCUAUCAUUAUUGCUAUUCAGUGCAACAUUUGGUGCAAAAAAAAUUCUGUCAAAAACAUGCUUUUUUCCCCUUUGAGGUGAAGGUAUUCUACUUUGGCUUCUGCUAAAUCAGCUUUGUUCUGUUCUUUAUUUGCCACAGUUAAAAUUUCAUUACAUUCUUCUAAGUUUCAAUUGCAAGACUUCGAGCCUCAUUUUUUGUUUCAUGUUCUUUGCUUACUAAUUCAGUUGAGUAUCUGAUGGCUGCAAUUCCUCAUGUGUAUUGUACCGGAAUUGAUGAUUCCAUAUAUUUUGUCAAUCCAUUUUAAUUCAUCUGCAUUCUGAAGUUAGACCACAUGAAAGUACCAAAAUUUUGUAUUUAUUGUAUUGUAAGUGUUUUUUCUUUUUGUUUUAUUUUGUUAGUUUGUGUGGUUUUUCGCCAGAAAUGUGCAUUGGCACAAGAUACUCCUGAACAAAGGACACAAAAUUUGGUGUGGAGUAGUAUGUGACUGAAGCAAAUACAUGAGUGCAUCUCAAAAUGAACCAAACAGGUUUAGAAUUGUCUAAAUUUUAGGUUUGUAGGUGGACUGUUACUAUACAAGAGUGGUUGCCAUUCUUCCAAAAAGGAGAAUGCACACUGGUGUCCUUAAGUUGUCCUUCUUUUUUAGGUUUAGAAAAAUUUGUAAAAAAAAACCAUUGAUUUUUUUUGUGUUUUGUUUUUAAGACUUUUUGUAAUAAAACAUUUAAAGUUGUAAAUAGUAUGUGGAAAGUUGUAUAAAGAGAAAUAUGUUUGUAA